AUGGACGGAGCACCUCGACCUGUCGGCGAUAGGUAUGCCCUGAACCUGGAACAGAGCUUGCAAGAACUCCAACAGAACAUUCAGCAACACAAGGAGAAGCUUGCAGCGCUUCAGGGAAACGAUGGCCACAUAAAUAAAAAUCUAUCUGGGGCAGGAAGAGAACCUUACGAAGUGAUGAAGAGUGCGUUCGAGCAAGUUGCUAGCACGCCCCCCUUCCUACCUUUCUCGGAAUCCGUCUUGCCCGCGCUCUUGGCCUUGCGGAAGACUCAUCAGACCAUUACUGAAUCCCAGGCGUAUCUGAUGAGUCAAGGGGCCUCCCUCGACCGGACGAAACGCAGGCUUGAAAUCGAGCAAGCGAACCUGGCUGACCAGAAGCUACUUCAGCAGAGUCUAGAGAAGCGCAUCCAGUCUCUCAAGGGCGAGGCAGAAUCUCGAAUGGAGUUAACGCCUCAACAGGUCGUCCAGGAGAGACUGGAUGAACUCAGGCAAAAGAAGAAGCGUUAUGACACAGAGACAUCCAGACUACUCAAGGCCCUGAGGAAAUUUAUUGACGAUCACUUGGCGGCACAGCUGGCUGCAGAAGAUCUUGGUGGCCCGGUCGUAGGUGAAAUGAUGGAGAUUGACUCGGACCAACUGAUUGCGGGCUUCAAUGCUCAAGGUCGACCGGCCAAGAUCAAACCCAAGCCGGACGAGGACAAGCGACAACGGAGGCUUGAAGAAGUCUGGGGCCUGCCACAGGAGGACACAAGUCAGAAGCGCGGCGAGGCGGACGAGGCAGCAGCCGCCGGCCGCGAGAUGCGGGCUUUGACAGAACAGCUCCUGAAUCAGCUUGUGGAAUCGGGGGGUGACAGCACGACGGCAUACGUCAAGCUAUCCAAGGAGACGGCGGCGGCGCGGUUCCUUGUCAGAUCCAAAGUCGCACAGUUCCAUCCCAGGGACGCUACGAAGCUCAAGCUGAUUGAUUUUGGGAGGGAGCUGGAUGACUAG